GACGUCAGCUCGUAGCGUGCGUAGUGAAGACACACAAGGUCGUUGUAUUUUCUGCUAAAGAUGAUGUCCCUAGCUGCCCGGUCAGGGGCAUUUUCCCCUUACAUGCAGGCUACGGCGUUUACAGUCGCCGGGCCCCUGAAGGCUCUGGUGCCCGGGGUUGUUACAAAGGAGGAAAAGAUUUUGCUGGACACGAAGAAGCCGUUCCUUUGCCGCGAGUCGCUGAGUGGUCAAAGCCCGAAGACAGGGCCUGCCGUCACUGUUAGCAUCAACGGCUGUGCAGGAGUCCGAUUUGCCCACACAGACAUCAAGGUACCGGACUUCAGUCCGUACAGGCGUCCAGAUGUGGUCAGCCCCAAAGCAUCAUCCCAGGAGAGCAGUGGAUCCAGGAAAGCCUUCUCUUACCUGUUGAGCGGAGCUGCAGCUGUAGUGAGUGUCUACGCUGCCAAAACAGUGGUCACUCAGUUUGUGACCUCAAUGAGUGCCUCAGCCGACGUCUUGGCUGUGUCCAAGAUCGAAAUCAAGCUGGGCCAAAUCCCCGAAGGCAAGAACAUGACCUUCAAGUGGCGAGGUAAACCUCUGUUUGUACGUCACCGCACCAAGAAGGAGAUAAGUACGGAGGCUGCCGUCAACCUUUCAGAGCUGCGAGACCCUCAGCAUGACAAAGACCGGGUCUUGGACCCCCGUUGGGUCAUUGUCCUGGGAGUGUGCACACAUCUGGGCUGUGUGCCCAUUUCCAAUGCUGGUGAAUACGGAGGGUACUACUGCCCAUGUCACGGCUCACAUUAUGAUGCUUCAGGCCGCAUCAGAAAAGGCCCUGCCCCCCUCAACCUGGAAGUUCCCUACUAUGAGUUUGUAGAUGAUGACACGCUUGUUGUGGGAUAAACAACGUUCACUAUACAGAGAAGGUGUACAGUAGUCAGGAUGUGUUGAGGUAACUACAGCUGAUCCAGCAUCUAACCCAAACAUGGCAGCACAUCUGCCAGGAGUAGGUUUUUUUUUCAUACUGUCUUAAUGUAUUUUAAACAUGACAGUUAAAGCUGCUGGUUUUACCCUGAUCUUUAAAAUCCACACAUGUAAGUAAUCUACAGUGAAAUAAUUGAACACCAUGAAGGUUCCAUCUUCUCUUCUUGUUUUCAUCUAUCAGAAAUGUAAAUGUAAAAUUAAACACCUGCCUGUCUCAUGAUAAAGUCCAUUCUAUUAUCAGAAAUCAAUUGUGCUCAGGUGUGGUCAAUAAAGAUUUCUAUUAUAUUUGACAACUGGCA